AUGACAUUACCAGAUGGAUAUGUGUUUCGAAAAUUAAAGUUAUCUGAUUAUUCAUCCUAUGUUGAAAAUUUAAAAGUGUUAACUACAGUGGGUAAUAUUACUAUUGAAAAUUUCACUAAAUUAUUGAAUUAUUGGGAAUCAUUACCUGAUUUAUAUCAUCCCUAUGUCAUCAGUAGUCCAGCUGGUGUAGUGGUUGCCACUGGAAUGUUAUUAGUUGAACAUAAAUUGAUUCAUGAAUGUGGUUUAGUAGGUCAUAUUGAAGAUAUAUCAGUAUCAACUUCUGAACAAGGUAAAAAAUUAGGAUAUUAUAUGAUUACAUCUUUAACUUCUAUAGCCAAAGAGUAUGGUUGUUAUAAAGUUAUAUUGGAUUGUUCUCCUGAAAAUGCUGGAUUCUAUGGAAAAUGUGGGUUUAAACAAUGUGGUAUAGAAAUGUCAACUCGUUUUGAUUAG